AGGGCAGUAAGCGACGAAAUGUCCGUGUCUGUGUGUCGUUUAUAGUUACAUUGCGUGCUAGUGUUAGAUAUUGUUAAAUUAAAACUUUUAAAGCAUACCUGUUUUUAAGCGUUAAAUGACGUAAAGUGUAUGUAUUCAAUUUCUAAAGCGUGGCUGUGCACUUGGUGAUUUUUAUUGACCGAUGCUACAUUCGAUAGGCUUAAACAAUAUUUUUAAAUAAAGUUUUCAGAGUUUUAACUUUUCCGAAUAUUUAACUCUAAUGCAUACUGGGGGAAAACCUGCUGUAACUGGAGCUUUAAAAAAUUCUGUGUGAAGUAAGAAGACAAUGUGGUACACAGUUUUAUGUUCAUUCAAAACAUAAUUUGUUGUUGACCUGUUGGUCUGCAAGAACUAAUGAGCAGAACAACGACCUCUGUUAGCAGGAAUCAUCCAAAGUCUUAUGACUAUCUUUUAAAAUUUCUGCUAGUUGGUGAUAGCGAUGUGGGAAAGCAAGAAAUACUUAGUGGUUUGGAAGAUGGCUCACAAGAAUCACCAUUUUGUGGUUCAUCAGGUGUUGCGUAUAAAACAACGACUAUUCUCCUAGAUGGAAAACGCAUAAAACUUCAGUUAUGGGAGUCAUCUGGCCAGGGCAGAUUUUCUACUAUCAUCAGAUCAUAUUCCAGAGGGGCGCAGGGAAUCAUUCUUGUAUAUGAUAUAACAAAUAAAUGGUCAUUUGAUGGCAUCGAUAGAUGGUUGCAAGAGGUUGAAGAACUUGCACCAGGUAUUCCAAAGAUUUUAAUUGGCAACCGACUUCAUUUAGCAUUUAAAAGACAAGUGAGUGAAGGAACUGCAGAAUCAUAUGCACGGAAACAUAGUAUGGUAUUCUUUGAAGUCAGCCCUCUUUGUAAUUAUAACAUCACUGAAUCAUUUGUUGAAUUAUCACGCAUGGCCUUGCUCAGAAAUGGCAUGGAAAGGUUGUGGCGUAGUAAUCGAGUUUUAUCUCUCCAAGAACUGUGUUGUCGUGCUAUUGUGGCCAGGACUACAGUGUAUAGCAUUGAGCAGCUUCCCCUCCCGAUCUCAUUGAAAUCAUGCCUGAAGUCAUAUUCUAUGACUACAUAUAAAUCUCGCCCUCAUGUGCCGACCACGAGAGAUAAGUCAUUAAAGAAAAGUAAACAGAUUCAUCAUCCUUGUGAUUCCUUAACAUCUCAAUGUCGGAAAAGCUGCUCUAUAUCCUAGCCAAUUACAUGGUUGCUCAUUUAUUUCAUAAUCAUGUUGCCAAUCUUUUUUAGACUUUAUCAAAGCAUAUCUUCUUCCAAGGGAAUUCAUUAAAAAUGUGAUUUGUAAUUUAGUCCACAUUACUGCAGUGUUUUUUAUUCUGCAGUGAGAAACUAUUAAAUGUUUGUAAGUAGAAGCUGCCAUGAUGUUUAACUUGUAUAAAAGCUAUAGUGUGUUGUAUUCUGUGUGAUGUCACAAUGUAUAGUAAUGAUAUUUUACAGUAAAAUUUAAGAAAUGUUUGUUAUAUGUUUUAUUGUUCACAUAUUCAUCUCAAAACUGGAAAUAUUUGUUUGAAAUGUACAAUAAAGUUGCAUAUUUUUGUA